CCCCCCCCCCCCUCUUCUCUGUUCUCUCCCUCGCCUCGCUCUCCGAUUGUCUCCACAACAAUCGAACCAUGAUCCUUGACGCGGAUGGCAAGCCCUGCCGGGCAUGCAACAGCAUGACCGAUUUCAUGAAGACCGCUGGGGCCGGCGGCAGUGGCAGUGGCAGCGGCGCUGCUGCCGGUGCCCGGCCGGCCACGCCGCCCCCAUCGCCACCGGCCACGUCGGCCAGCGCCGCGAGCCCCGGCGCCACCCCUGCUGGCGAGGCUGCCCCGGUGCCCCUCGAGUGCCCGCCCGACCUGCUGGAGAUUGGCCGCGGGACGUGGACCUUCCUGCACACGGCUGCAGCCUACUAUCCCAAGGAUCCCUCGCCGCAGCACCGGGCGGACAUGACCAACCUUGUGUCCAUCCUCGGGCGACUCUUCCCCUGCGGCGACUGUGCGUCGCACUUGACCGAGUAUGCGGCUGCCCAUCCGCCGGACACCUCCUCCCGGACCUCCAUCUCCCAGUGGUUCUGCGAAAUGCACAAUGACGUUAAUGUUCGCCUUGGAAAGCCCGUGUUUGACUGUGCCCGCGUGCUGGAGCGCUGGAGGGACGGGCCGGCUGACGGCUCGUGCUGAUCUUCCAAUUGAACCUCUACUUCCCUCCAAAUAGACGUGCAUACAUACCCCCUUUACACACACACACGCACACACACG